GCGGGCAUCAAGAAAACUGAAUAUGACGAGAAAGAGCUCGGUAGGCAAUGCUGGCAUCGCUUGAUGAUGACGGUCAGAUCACAAGACAGGCAAGACAGGCUCGGUGACCUUCAGAUUGGCCUGGCAUCACCCGACCGUUCUUCAAGCUAGCCACCAGCAUACAUUAGACGACCAGCUUUCGUGGUCACGGCCCUGCCGCUCGACGUUGGAAAUAUUCCUUUUGUUAUCUUAUCGUCGUUCUCCCACCGUCUCUCCGGCAUCUUACUCAACAAGUCAUCCAUUGUGCGGCCAUCCUUGAAUGUCGAAUACGCCCCCUACGUCCAGAACCACCAAGUUCUACCAGCAGGAUAUAGUUAAACGAAACUUGUCCCCCCAUUCUUUUGGUAUCGUUCUCAGAUGCUGGCAUGACGCUGAGGACAUUCCCUCAUCAACGGAUGAUCCAUUGAUGAGACCGCUCGAGCGUGGCGAAGUCGGUGUGACCUUUCUAUCUGAGGGCAGCGCACGAGAAAUACUCCCUGAAUCGGAAUUAACUCUGGUGGAUCGUACUCUCCAGCCCGGUGAUUACUGCAAACGGAGUAUCGACGACGUCCACUCCGGUGUGGUGACAAACAUCCGUGUCAGGGGCCGUCUUGAGCAUGUUAUAAGCGGCGAACCCGUGGAAGGAUGGCGGAAUUCUGACCAGGUUGUGCCGGCGAUGGAAGCAGAGAUUGGCGACUAUGUUGUUUAUGAUGAUUGGGUUGGACAGAUUGUAGAGCUGUACGACGAAAAUAUCAUCGAGGUUUCGAACGGCCAGCUCGUUAGACUGCCGGAAUUUAGCACUCGACUUGCUAUCGGACAGAAGGGUUCCGAUAUACUCCCGUCCAGCAGCAUGCAAAACUUGAUCGGAUUCUUUAUGGGAAGCAAUAGAACUGACCAUAGCGUUGACACUGUCGUUGCCGUGAAACACACCGUUUAUGCUGUAGCUUGGCUGGCUGUAAACCAAACGUUGGCGCCUAGCGUGGCAGAGAACCAUUCACGCCCUCAACGAUUUUGGUAUGGCAAGGAUAUCUCCAAGCUUACUUUGAUACGUGGUCGAUCGGAUUUCCAGAUACGUACUGGAGACAAGGUAAACCUUGUCGAGAGAACUGGGCAUCCCGUUACAAUUCAUGGACGGAGCAUGCAGGGCGUCCCUCCCAUCCAUGUAGAGACGCUCACCGUUGCAGAAACAGAAACUACUGUUGACAUUCUGUGGCAAGAUGGCACCACGGAAACAUUAAAAUCCGUAGACCUCAUUCCUUAUCUAAAUACUGAUGAAUAUGACUGCUGGCCCGGUGAUCACGUUUUAUGGCGUGGUGAAGACCAGAAACGCCCAGCUAUCGUGCAGUCUGUUGACGCUGCCCAUAGGACAGCUUCUAUCCUCUAUCCCGAUUCCGGAAAUGUUGAGCUUGCGUCAUUAUUAGAACUCGACGCUCACGGUGUGUCUGACGUUGAACCUCAAUUUGGGACUGAGGGGCUCGGUGUCCGCCUUGGGGAUUUCGUUUUCAUACAUCGAGAGGGAUCUACUAAUGGCUACGACCCCCCUAGAAUACCACGCAUAGGCGAACUCGAAGCUUGGGCGAGAGAAGGGCCUUUCUACCCUGGUCACAUUGAGGGAUGGCGAAAGGAAAUGGCUGAACUAGGAAACAACGUUGCAAAGAAACGCGGAACUGAAGGAGCCUUUCAAGAUGGCAACAUGACGCAACCCUGGACAAGCGACUGCAACCUGUUUUGGAUUGGAGAAGUUACGAAGCUUCGACUUGAUGGUCAAAUUGAAGUUUCUCACCCCGAAGGAUCAGUCCACGUAUAUCCCUUACAGCGCCUUACGAGGCUUUAUGAUAGCAUCGAGCAACUUGAAGACGAUCCUUGGGGUGAUGAACAUAGCCAUGAACAUGAGCACUUUGAGGGUUCUGGGUACUGGCCUGAUGAAAACGGCAUAUGGCACCAAAGUGACAUGGACGAAAACAUGGACGGAUGGGAGGACAUCGAGGAGAUCGGCGAUGCUAUGGAUGUGGAUAUAUGGCAUCAUGAAGAAGAUACUCCAAGGGUUUCUGGUUCUCCGAGUCCGUCAAUAAUCGACCAAUUUCCAACACCACCGACGGCGGAAGUGGAUGCCGAAUCGGAUACGACCUCUGUCAACCCAGUUGUGGAUCCUCUGAAGAUUCCGAAGGAUGAUACUCCUAUGAACGAGGAGAAUGAUGAUUUCCCUUGGAAGCGAUUUGAUAUUCUACCGUCUGCGCCCCAUGACCAUGCAUACUAUGCCUCCCUUCCUGCGCAACCCUCAAAAUCUUUCCUCUCUCGCCUUCAACGAGAGUAUCGCAUUUUGCAAUCCAGCCUGCCUGAGUCGAUCAUUAUACGCACCUACGAGGACCGGGCUGAUCUUCUGCGCUCGCUCAUCAUUGGUCCGAAUAACACUCCAUACGAGGAUGCACCUUUCGUUAUUGACUGGAUGCUUCCUGCAACCUUUCCUAGCAGUCCGCCCAUUGGGCAUUUUCUCAGUUGGACAAAUGGCAACGGUCGAGGUAAUCCAAAUUUGUACGAGGAGGGCAAAGUUUGUUUAUCAAUAUUGGGAACUUGGGCUGGUGAUCAAAACGAGACAUGGAGUGCUAGUCGAUCAUCUCUCUUGCAAGCUUUCGUGAGUAUACAAGGUCUAGUGCUCGUGAAGGAACCUUGGUUCUGUGAGCCUGCAUACGAGAAGCUGCGCGGUACGGAGGAAGGCAUUGUCAACAGCCGGUUAUAUAGCGAAAAGGCGUACGUUCUUUCUCGUGGCUUUGUACGCCGAGCUUUGGAGAUCCCUCUUGGUGGUUUGGAGAAAGAAAUCAGUUGGUUAUACUAUACUAAUCACCGACUAGAAAAGGUGGUCUGUGAUUGUCGAGAUUUGGUAGAAAAAAGCCGGCGAGAGACUGAUCUCACUGAGGGAGAAAAAGAUCUUGCUAUCCCGAGGCUGACUGCUGGGGGGAUUAUAGCUGUAGAGCGGACGCUAAUGAAACUUCAAGUGUUGCUGGAUUCGUCCCCUCCUUCGCUAUCGACAUAACUCAUGUUUUAUGUAUCGGCAUACAAAUAAUGUAACCUGA